AAGCAGGAGGAGGAAGAGCACACUCUCCACAGUCAGAUGCCUGCAUCUGAAGCUUGCAUCCCAGCUUCACUGCUUGCAAGCUGUGUGACACUAGAAUGAUUUAUCCAACUGCCAAGGUACCUCCUCUGAAAUAUCCCAUGGGCAUCUCUAUGUGGCUUUUCCUGUGCUCUCCUUGGAUGUUACCCGAGCCUCAAGCCUCCUACCACUUUGAGGGGUAGCAUUCUGCACGAGAUUUAUUUGAUCUCUCCAUUAGACUGUGACCUUAUCGAGGUGAUAGCCUGGGUGAUGGAUGGACAUCUGGACACAGAAGCACACCUGAAGCUCUAGAGGGGCCUGAUCCAGCAGGGAGAGGCUCAUUCACUGGCUUUGGCAACGGAAGCCUGUGGUCUCUUUUUGGUGCUGAUAGGAUCAGCUGUGCCUGAAAGCAGCCUGCUGCCCGUUCACAUCCUCACACCCGGCUUCAGACCGCCCAUGGAAGAGCUCCUGACCCGCACUCAGGAAAGAGAGGAGCACAGCCAGGAAGCUGAUCAGAUUCCCAGAUUCAAGGACCAGCAGGGCUCCCUCCCGAGCAAGCAAGGCCAAGUUCAGCAAGAAGCAGACCAGGCCAUGGCCACCAGGCUUCAAGCAGCGGCCUGGGUCCAACGGGGCCAGCUUCGUCACCCUGCUGGGCUCUCUGUGCAGAAGAUCAGCAGGGGUAUAGACCAAAAGGGCAUCCUGGCCAAUCGGGUAGCCGUGGUUACGGGGUCCACUAAUGGGAUUGGCUUCGCCAUCGCCCGGCGUCUGGCCCAGGACGGGGCCCACGUGGUGGUCAGCAGCCGGAAGCAGCAGAACGUGGACCAGGCAGUGGCAGCACUACAGGAGGAGGGGCUGAGUGUGAUGGGCACCGUGUGCCACGUGGGGAAGGCCGAGGACCGGGAGCGGCUGGUGGCCACGGCCCUGCAGCAUUGUGGGGGCAUUGACUUCCUGGUGUGCGUGGCAGGGGUCAACCCCCUGGUGGGGAGCACUCUGGGGACCAGUGAGCAGGUGUGGGACAAGAUCGUGGACGUGAAUCUGAAGUCCCCUGUCCUGCUGCUGAGCCAGCUGCUGCCCCACAUGGAGAAGAGGGGGAGGGGUGCUGUCAUCCUGGUCUCCUCCCUUGCCGCUUAUAUGCCACUUGUGGAGCUGGGUGUCUACAACGUCAGUAAGACGGCCCUGCUGGGCCUUACCAAGACGCUCUCGCUGGAGCUGGCCCCCAAGAACAUCCAGGUGAACUGCCUGGUUCCAGGAAUAAUCAAGACUGACUUUAGCAAACUGUUAUAUGAGAACGAGGCUAUCUGGAAGAAACUCAAGGAGUACCACUGGGUGAAGAGGAUUGGGCAGCCUGAGGACUGUGCAGGACUCGUGUCCUUCCUGUGCUCUCCAGACGCAAGUUAUAUCACUGGCGAGAGCAUCGUGGUGGCUGGCUUCUCCCCUCGGCUCUGACCCUUGGGGGGCCGUGAAGCUGCGGGUCUGGGCUUAGGAGCCUGAGGGUGGGUGGGUGGGCUAGGAGAUCAUUAGGCCUGGGGACAGAGUCUAAAGCUAGACUAGCAAUUUGGGGGCUUGCUCAUGCCAGGCUUGAGGAAGAACCCCCAGUAUUCUUGUGUGCCUGACUGUUGUUGAUUUGGCUGCUGUGAUCCAGCCAACAUGUGGGUUCUCGGUGUGGGGCUGUGGGGCUGAAGAGGUUCAUGGGGCUGGUGCUUUGGAGGAAUUGUAAGGGAAAAGAGUAGAGACUCGAGCCCCUGAACGAUCCUGGCUCCUUCUCUCUGUCAUUUGUUCUUCAAACAUUUUUCUCCUGAAAUAAACGCAGAUUUAUCCUCAA